GAAGAAUUUUAUUUGAUGGAACAGCAUCUCAAAAACUCUAAAGCUGACAUACUUGAUCAUGAUUUAUCUAUUCAUAAGACAUCCUGUGGAUCAAAUUUGAGUAGCAAUUCAUUGUGUGAUGAUCCAAAGAGUAAGAAAAGGGACACUUUUUCUGAAGAGGAGUUGAAGAUUCGCAGCGAACUUGAAAAUGAUAUUGAGAGAAAUUUGGAGGAGGAAAUAAAGGAUGGAAUAUACCAUCUAGCUCUUAGAUUACACCGCCUUUAUCUUCACCAGAAAGAAAGGGAUGCGAGAGAAGCAUAUGAAUUAUAUGGUGAUAAAAAGAGGAAGAACAAAGUGCUUUCCGAAGUAAACAUAAGCAUAAGAAUGGAAGGAGGGACCAAAAUUGAAAUAAAAGAGUCGAGGAAAGAAGAAGAUCCUGAUAAGGGUCGGCCAUGGACCCCUUCAAGUUCUGAAAAUAUACAAGCGAUGCUUCAGCAAGUUUCUAAGCACAAGAAGUUUGAUUGGGCGAAUAGUUUACGAUCAGGUACAGACCCUGGGGCCAUUAACAAGAAAAAUAGUAGAUUGCAGAAGACUGCAUUGGGAUGGCAAUGUUAA